AUGUCAUCUGAAACUGUUAUUCGGGAGGUUACGAAAGGAGUCUGGACCUUCUCAAAGCCUUUCGCUCGUUUUGGUAUCUGGCCAAUGGGCGGACGAUCGACAGCCAUCCAAUUAAGUAAUGGUGGUGUCUGGAUAUUGGCGUCCACUCCUUUGGACAGCGAGACGAAAUCUAAGUUAGAAGAACUGGGUCCUAUCAAGUAUAUCAUCGGCGCCGAUGCCGUACAUCACCUAUUCCUCAGCGAAUACAAAAAAGCUUAUCCAACAGCGAAACUGAUCGCUCCCGAAGCUACCAUUACAAACCAUCCAAACAAAGAACUGGUCUUCGACGGAGUCUGGGGUCGAGAUCCACAAGAUACGAAGUAUGGCUUCGAAGACGAUAUUGAGCACUGGUCAGAUAAUGAUACACCUAUACUCGGCAUAGAAUACCUGCUCAUAUGGAUUUCGUCCAGUUAUUUCUCAGGUUUCAAAAACAAGGACGUUGCAUUCCUUCAUAAACCAUCAAAAUCACUCAUUGAAGCAGAUUUGCUCAUGAAUCUUCCGGGCAAUGAACAGUACUCAAAAGCUAAGCAAAAACCUCAAUGGUUCAGAUUUAACGUCAGCCCUGCAUCAACAUGGAUCUAUCCAAAGCUAAUAUGGAGCCUCGGAGAAGACAAAGAGGCCAUGCGAAGAGACGCGAAAACUGUGUCUGGGUGGGACUUCGAUAGAAUUAUCCCAUGUCAUGGGGAUGUUAUCGAGACUAAUGGAAAGAAGGCCUGGAAUGACGUAUACAAGUCUUUCCUCGACUGA